AUGGCCGACUCAAAGGACAUAUCGACGCCGACCCAGUCAUUGCCAGACCAUGGCGAGCCCAGCAAAGCCGACGGACUGACAUUUGCCAGGCGCGGAGAGCAAGUGGACGAGACCACGGCAGUCAGCGAUGUCUCCGGCUUCGACGCUGAACGCAUGCGGGCGCGGUCACUUCUCACUGCCGCGGAGGAGAAGGCCCUCAUGAGGCGCGUCGACUUCCGCAUCAUGACAAUUUGCUCGCUGUUGUUUCUGAUGAAAAACAUUGACGCCGAUAAUAUAUCAAACGCGCGAAUCAUGAACAGGGGGACUUCUAGGAACAUCAUGACGCAGUUAGACAUGACGUCGGAUGAGUACAAUUUGCUCAACGUUUUGUACUAUGAACAGCUGUCUACUUCUUACUUCCUGAUUGUAGGUUCCGUUGACCGCCUCGACAUCAAAGGGUACCUACUGACACAACUAGUCCCACCGACCGCCAAAUGGUUGAGCGACAAGGAAAAGGCCUUCAUCCAAGCCCGACUACCAGCAAACGCACCGAGGGCCGAGGAGAUGAACUUCAAUUGGAGUGAAAUCGUUGACUCGCUUAAGGAUCGUCGACUCUGGCUUUUCACUGCCAUUUGGGCUACUUUCACCGUCGGCACUUCUGGAGUCCGCUUCUACCAGCCAACCGUUAUCGCAAACCUCGGAUUCACCACGAUUGCCAGGGCUCAGCUGCUCAACCUGCCCAUCUCAAUACUAGCAAUUUUUGUCAUUGGCGUCACCGGCUUCUUCGCAGACAAGGGUCUCAUUCCGAGACCUCUGUACCCUCUUGGGGUUUUCGCCGUUAUUCUUGCCUGUUAUGGAGUUCUCGUUGCAUACCCCUCCAACGGCGCCGUCUAUGCUGCGACCCUCAUCGGAAAUGCCUUCACUGCCGCGUUUUUCCCGCUCAUGUGGCCCUGGCGUGUGCAAACCACUUCUCGAGCUACAGGUUCUGCGUUCAGUAUUGGGUUUGUGAACAGUUACGGCCAGAUUGGUGGCGCCAUCGGCCCUCAGAUUUUCAGAUCGAAGUACGCGCCGCGUUAUCAGACCAGUUUUGCUGCUGCGAUGGCGUUAGUUGGCUGUUGUGCCAUCAUCACCUGCAUAACGUGGUGGGUUACGAGGAAGACGGAGUCGGAUACUCGUCGGUUGAAGAGAGCAAGAGUUCGCGCCGAGAGGGAAGGGUUGGCAGUGCUCGACGAUGUGGUGGAUCGCGACUUGAACAAGAAGCGUAGCGAUGACGAGGAAAGCGCCUAA